AACAGAUACUCUAUGCCCGUCACCCGAACAAGGAAUGGAUUUUACGACCUGAACCUUGAUCAAACCAACACCACUCGCUUUUUGUUCGGUGACGACGAGCCCAACCACCUACCUAGGGGACACACUCCUGACGACAGCUUCCCAACGCUGGUUCGCCGCGACGAUCAGAUUCACAGCAUGUCGGCCAUCAAUGGGCUUUCCACCAGCCAGGCUGGUGAUGCAGGCAAUAUCGGGAGCCGCCCAGCGUCUAUUCGUCAUUCUCUUGAUCUUAAGUACAUCUCGGAAAGCUCGAACGAGGCCUCUGGGGCUUCUCAGGCGAUUCACGCGCCGCCCAAACUCCAGAGCUCAUAUUCGGCUAACGAUAUACCUACGGUCAAGAACCCUGCUGGUUCUUCUAUGAUGAACGGCAGUGCCAAUAACCACGCCCAGCAGCAUUUCCAUAACCACAAUGCUAGCAUCGGCCGCAUUCCUGCUGGAGCAAUGCCGACCCGCCAUGCUCGCGAGCUGUCCAACGACAAUGGUAUCAACGCCAGCCGUGAUCAGGCCGCUGUGUUCCCGUCCAUCAACUCAGCCCUCCAAGCAAGUGCUGCUCCAUUUGGACCAACCAUGGCUACCACAGCUCCUCAUACCGCAACGCCGCACGCCACUGCACCUGUAUCCUCCCCUAGUAGUACAGCGCCGACAAACCCAUAUGGCGGUGGCUUUUACCAGCCAAAUGGCUUCUCAUCCCCCAGCACUACCUCUUCGCCUUCGUACGGGGCUCACUCGCUCUCUACUGGGAUGCAGCAGAUGAAUCUCAACGGCGCUGGUAACGGCAGUGCCUACUCUCCUCAGAGUUAUUCCCCCUACAGCAAUGUGCCCUACCCUCAGAACGGCCAGCCUCGCGAUAGUCAGGCUCGUGUCAUUCAACAUCGUCGACAACUUGACAACGAAGCAAUGUCACGGUAUCAAAACAUGCCUCUGGAAUCAUUCCGUGGCCAGAUUUACGAGCUGUGCAAGGACCAGCAUGGUUGCCGCUAUCUCCAAAAGAAGCUGGAGGAACGCGAAGGUGAUCAAGUUCACAUGAUUUGGCUCGAGACCAAUCAGCAUGUCAUCGAGCUCAUGACGGAUCCGUUUGGUAAUUAUUUGUGCCAAAAGCUCCUCGAGUUCUGCAAUGACGACGAAAGAACUGUCUUGAUCCAGAACGCAUCCAAAGACAUGGUGCGCAUCGCGCUCAACCAGCAUGGAACGAGGGCCCUGCAGAAGAUGAUUGAGUACGUCAGUACUCCUCAGCAAGUCCAUCUCAUCAUCGAGGCCCUCCGGUUCCGAGUUGUGGAACUCAUCCAAGAUCUCAACGGCAAUCACGUCAUCCAGAAGUGUCUUAACAAGCUCACUGCUUCUGACGCGCAGUUUAUCUUUGAUGCUGUUGGUAACAACUGUGUCGAGGUUGGAACUCACCGACAUGGCUGCUGUGUGCUCCAGCGCUGCAUCGAUCAUGCAACCGGCCAGCAGAAGCUCUGGCUGAUCCAGCGCAUCACCGAGCACGCACGAAUCUUGGUGCAGGACCCCUUUGGAAACUAUGUUGUUCAAUACAUUAUUGACCUCAACGAGCCCACCUUUACUGAGCCCAUUGUCGCCACAUUCCAGGGCUGCAUCAGCCAGCUCUCUCGCCACAAGUUCAGCUCCAAUGUUAUUGAGAAGUGCUUGCGCUGUGCCCAGGCUCCUUCUAAGGACAUGAUUGUGGAGGAGAUACUCAACGAGAUGGAACGAUUCCUCCGUGAUUCGUUUGCCAACUACGUUAUCCAGACGGCUCUUGACUUCUCUACCCCCCAUCAAAAAUAUCGCCUUGUUGAGGCCAUUCGUCCCAUCCUUCCACAGGUUCGCACAACUCCUUACGGACGCCGCAUCCAGGCCAAGAUUGCUGCCUACGAUAACCGUGGAAGUGCUGCCUCGAGCGGACAAGUCACACCCGCCGAUAACACACAGGGGCAGAUCCCGCUACGGCCGAGCCACAAUCGAGGGCUCUCUGGCACUCCUGUGCUGCCUGCCAACGGCAGCAAUGCCAAUGGAGCAGCGUCUAGUGUCGGAAGCCAAGGCAUACGCCAGCAGGCACCACCUUCUUUCACUAGCAGCGCCUCGAUGCCGGCAUCCACUACAACCGCCAGCUUGGGUGGCCCUGUCCAGCCUCCCCAGUUUACCCAGACGAUGUCUGGCAGCUAUAGCCAGGGACAUUCCUCCAACACGUCGGUGGAUGCUGGUGAGGCACGCUGGGUGUAA